CCCAUUGGCUGAGGGCAGCGGCAGGACGAUGGCGACGAUCCGCAGCGUGAAGGGGGCGGUGGCGCUGGUGACCGGCGGCGCCUCGGGGCUGGGGCUGGCCACGGCGCAGCGCCUGGUGGAGCAGGGGGCUCGGGUGGUCCUCCUCGACCUGCCCUCCUCCCCCGGGGCCCAGCGGGCGCAGGAGAUGGGCGACGCCUGCGCCUUCGCCCCCGCCGACGUGACCUCGGCCGAGGAGGUUGGGGCUGCCCUGGCCCUGGCCCGGCAGAAGUUCGGCCGCCUGGACCUGGCCGUGAGCUGCGCCGGGGUCGGGGUCGCCAUCAAGACCUACAACAGCAAGAAGGACACCGUGCACAGCCUGGAGGACUUCCAGAGGGUCAUCAAUGUGAACCUGGUGGGCACCUUCAACGUGGCACGGCUCAGUGCCCAGCUGAUGAGCCAGAACCAGCCUGACCCCCAGGGGCACCGCGGGCUGCUGGUGCACACUGCCAGCGUGGCAGCCUUCGAGGGACAGGUGGGCCAAGCUGCUUACUCAGCCUCCAAGGGUGGCAUUGUGGGCAUGACCCUGCCCCUGGCACGUGACCUGGCACCACUGGGCAUCAGAGUGGUCACUAUCGCCCCAGGACUGUUCUCAACGCCGCUGCUGGCAGGGCUGCCCCCGAAGGUGCAGAGCUUCCUGGCACAGCAGGUGCCCUUCCCCCAGCGCCUGGGGCACCCCCAGGAGUUUGCCCACCUGGUGCAGGCCCUGGCAGAGAACCCCAUGGUGAACGGAGAGGUCGUGCGGCUGGACGGUGCCCUGCGCAUGCAGCCCUGAGCCCUGCCCACCCGGGGGGGCAUCACCCACCCUGGGCAGUGCCCAC